UAAUAAAGACAUAAAAAUAUAGAAAACAUUUAGAAUAAUUAGUACAUGGAAACGAUAAAACAUAGUGAAGUACAAAAUUUUCUUUACGAACUUUGGACCCACCCUCGUACACGAGAUUACUACACUUGAAACUGUAUGGGUCAAAGCAGUAUAAAUAAAUCCAUUGCAGACGUUUCUGGCGGGUUCGGGCCACUCCUACUGACCUGUUUGGCUCCGUCCAUUUUGUGGAUGUCAAUCACUGGUGGCUCUUAUUUCAUCAGUUUGGUUUUCUAUGGAUCUUCUUGUUUUGGGUCGGCUUCCCUAAGCGAACGACUUCUAAACCAUGAUUGAUUGCUGUUUCUGUCAACCAAGCCUUUCUCCCCACCGUGAGUGGAUGCUCCCGCACGAAAAUCCUUCCUGUGAUGUGAGAAUGAGCGCGUGAAGCACGGGCAUUUGAGGUCACAAGCUGAAGUAACGAGACACGCCGUAACACCAUGGCUCUACGGUCUUGUCGUGGAGUAGGUAUGACAGUGUAGUACCGUCGCAUGAAAUAGGUUAGUGACCCUCUGGCAACUAGGGUUAGUCUGCUGCAGGGAUUAACUUUCUCUGUUAUUCUAAAAACUAAAAGUAAAUCCCCAAUUAUAUCUGUACUUGCUCAUUUUUAAAUUCACUAUGUUAAACAUCAUAGGAAACUAAAAAGUGAUGAAUGCUUGUCCACCUGCGUGUGAUACUCUACGACGUUGUAAAACAGCAGCGCCCUCGCACGGAAAGCCUAUACAGAUUGGGUAACUUGUGCUACACGCAACAAUCCAUCUCGUACAAAUCUCAUCUGUUUCCGAAAGGAAAGGCACAACGCUUUGACGUCUGAGUGCCAGCCGGUCGUGAGAAAGACUUCUGCAACCUGUGUCUCGAGUGCAGCUAGCCAGUAGGCAGGGCAGUAAGUGCACGGCCAGGGGAACGACUAGUUUCCAUGCCGGUACUUUCUCUGGCAGUCUGUACAAACUUGACGCAUGUUACAUGAUUCUAACAUAUCGAAAUACAAAUUUGAAAAUAAGUUGAAUACGAAACUUUGUGCUAUUAAACGAAGCACAUUUGUAGUUGUGUUAGAAGACAAUAAUUUUUUGUAAUCUGCUAGUGAAUUUUGUUUCAACGAUGUUGUAUCAACUGGUGGUUAUACUGAUGCUGAUCGUGUCGCUGGGAGGCGGCGCCGUGUCCAGUGUCAACGUUCCUUCUCCAGACUUUCCUGCCACACGUCACGAUCAUGUGAUAUUGCCAUCAAUCUCCCUGUAUGAGGAUGUCAGUGACAUAGAGGUCGCUAGUGAAGAUGACGAAUCCAGAGAUGCGAUUGGAUUUGAAGCAGGCUCAGAAUUCUCAACUCCUCUUACACACUGGACAAGUGGAACAGCAUUAAACGGUUCACAAGAGUAUUUCUUGCGCGUGGAACGACCUCUGGUGAAUAUCACCCGCUUUCCCGGCCAGAAAACAAAGUUAUUUUGUGCUUUCAAUGGGCAUCCAACGCCUGUUAUUCACUGGUAUAAGAACGAGGCACCGCUACAAGAAGAACGUGGACGGGUUGACAUCAGACACAAAGACAAUGGUAAAGGUCACGUAUCAUCCAGAGUUCGUCUCCACUAUCUCGAUACUUUAGAUACAGCCUUCUAUAAGUGCGAGGCCAGUAAUGGGUUCAAGACUGUGGAAACAACGGGAAUACUGAAGGUUAAUGGUGGAAACAUUCGAACGCCAAAUAGUAUGCCUGAGUACCCACCAGUUAUAGUACCACAUUUUCCAGCGCUUGGUGGAAGUUUUCAUGACUUUGUUGGAAAAAAAUCGUAG